AAAACACACGAGUUAAAUGACUACACAAAAUUGGGUGUUUGUGCACUUGGCCCUACCGUGCUCUCCAUUCUCAGUUUGGGCCAUUGGCAGGACAGUUGACGGAAGCGCGGCAGCUCAAGCAUAUUUGAAGCAGGCGCCAAUUUUCAAGUGGCUCAAAAAACUUUCUAUUUACGGCCGUACAUAUUUUUUCUAGUGGCUCAAAUUUUCCCUCUUUUUUUUUCUCUCUCUGUUCAAUAAGCAUCUAACUCUCCAUCGCUAACCAUGAAUCUUAGAACCCUAACUUGUAAAUCUCACUUUCCAAUAGAAAUUCCUAAAUUCAAUCUGAAUUUCCACGUUGAUUUCUCUUCCACUCGCCUCCGAACUUGUCGGGUAACAUCAUUGACCCGAAUCUGCAAUCACCGCAAGCGAAUAAUCACUGCUUGUGUAAAUCAUAGCCAAGAGACUCCAGUGAAACUAGAGAACUUGAAUUCGAAUUCCUAUAUCGGAGAUGAAGAACAAGUAGAAGAGGUAACAGUUCGAGAAGAUAUUUCAGUGGUAGAUUCUAAUGGCAAUUCAUGUAUCGGAGAUGAAGAACAAGUAGAAGAGGUAACAGUUCAAGAAGAAAUUUCAGUGGUAGAUUCUAAUGGUAAAGGAGAAUUCUCUGGCAAUGAAAGCAUUUGGGCUCAAGUGGUGGAGAUUGUAAAGUUUUCAGGGCCAGCAGUUGGUCUAUGGUUAUGCGGGCCAUUGAUGAGUCUCAUUGACACUGCAGUUAUCGGUCAAGGAAGUUCUAUUGAACUUGCCGCUCUAGGUCCAGGAACAGUGUUUUGUGAUAACACAAGCUAUGUUUUUAUGUUCCUUUCAAUUGCCACUUCAAAUUUAGUUGCUACUGCAUUGGCCAAACAGGAUAAGGAUGAAGUGCAACAUCAGAUAUCUAUUUUGCUCUUCAUUGGGUUGGCCUGUGGUGUUCUGAUGUUUAUCUUUACAAGAUUGUUUGGUACUUGGGGCAUUAUUGCUUUCACUGGGGCAAACAAGACGGAAAUGAUAAAUGCAGCAAAUACUUAUGUCCAGAUUCGAGGAUUGGCAUGGCCUGCCAUGUUGGUUGGUUGGGUUGCCCAAAGUGCAAGUUUAGGCAUGAAAGAUUCAUGGGGACCCUUAAAGGCUUUGGCAGUUGCCACUGCUAUUAAUGGCAUUGGCGACAUAGUCUUAUGCAGAUUCUUUGGUUAUGGUAUAGCUGGAGCAGCAUGGGCAACAAUGGUGUCCCAAGUUGUUGCGGCUUAUAUGAUGAUUGCAGCCCUGAGCAAGAAAGGGUAUAAUGGUUUUGCCUUAUCUGUCCCAUCAGUGGAUGAACUUCUACAGAUUUUCACGCUUGCAGCACCUGUGUUCCUAACAAUGAUGUCAAAGGUGGCAUUUUACUCUCUACUUGUCUACUAUGCUACAUCAAUGGGUACACACACUGCUGCUGCCCAUCAGGUUAUGCUACAACUAUUCUGCAUAUUUGCAGUAUGGGGUGAGCCUCUCUCUCAAACAGCGCAGUCAUUUAUGCCUGAAUUGUUGUAUGGAGUGAAUCGGAACUUGUCGAAGGCCCGGAUGCUGCUGAAGUCCCUUUUGAUCAUUGGAGCAUCAAAUGGAUUAAUACUGGGAUCUUCUGGAGUGUCAAUAUCAUGGUUUUUUCCCAAAAUGUUUUCACCUGAUCCUUUGGUCAUACAAGAGAUGCACAAAGUACUGCUGCCAUUAUUUCUAACUCUCUGGGUGUCGCCGUGUGUUCAUUGUCUUGAAGGAACCUUGUUGGCUGGAAGAGACUUAAAAUUUAUUAGCAUAUCAAUGACCACGGUAUUUGGUAUGGCUUCUCUUCUCGUCAUGCUCUUCAGCAGUAAAGGAUUUGGUUUGUCAGGGUGCUGGUUUGCACUAGUAGCAUUCCAAUGGACACGAUUUUUGGUAGCUCUACGGCGACUCACUUUGGCAGAUGGCAUACUUUAUUUGGAAGACUCAAUUCAUGAUGAGUUACAAAAGUUGAAAGCUGCAUAGGUUUUAAUAUGAAGACAAAAAUGUCCACAUAGAAAAGAAGUUUUUCGUUAAUGAUUCCAAUAAACAGCAGGGGGAUGCAGUAAUUAAUCAUCAAAAUCAAAAUUUUGUUGUUACUUGUCAAUAUCAAGUUAUUUGAUCCCACCAUGUAUCACAACUCAAUUGAGUUGAGAACGAAUUAUUAUUUACACAUUUAAUAUUUGGAGCGUUAUUGUAAGUUUGUAAUUAUUUGUGAAAUAAAUAUUCCUGCAAGCAUUGUUAGUUUAUA